CCACAGUUUCGCAAUCCAAUUGUUUCGUGCACUCAUAUAGGCUGCGAACACUCUCUGUAGAAUAGUUGGUUUAAUUUUGUAAUUUUUCACUUAAUUAGAUUUGCAAAUAAAGUAAAAUAUAACGCUGAGGAGAAAAGUGGUAUCUUUAAAUUUUAACAUUAAAAGCAAUAGUAAAACUGACGUUUUCAACACGGUCGACAAUAGCGAACGAAAAUUACAGCAGGUAGUGGGUGGCAUACUGACCUACAAUAUUUUGAAGAGUGGCAUUUCGACUACAGCAAAAAUACCAGUUAAAACCAACCACCCAUUUAUUGUAUAAACCACACAAAGCCGCAAAAUUGUAGAAAUUUCCAAAAAUAGUACAAAAUACUAGUCUACAGACUGUAUGCGAUAAUGGCAGACAAUUGAGGGAUAAGACGCAUGCCUAAACACUGGAAACUGUGAUGCAAAUAACGGUAUAUAAUUUGACUAUUGUAGCGACCGUUGCUCCGUUGCACAUUUGGCUGUCGCAGUACUCCCAGCUAUUUUUUCUUUUUCAACAACUUGUAUGGAGCCUUAAGAAAUGGUAUAGUAAUCAGUUUAGUAAAAGUCUAAUUCUUUUCAAAUCCUAUUCAUAAAGAAAAGAAAGGAAAAAAUCGUUUCGCAUAAAUCCUUCCGACUUGGCGGAUUACUUUCUGGUGAGCUGUAAAAUACACGAAAGCAGACAGCCAACAGUUAGGGUAGAGCGUCAUUCGAACAUUUGUUUGCUAGUCACAACCAACAGCAAUUUGGCGGUCGGCGACAACGUAAAUGAACACCAAAACCACGAGAUAGGCAAGCAGAUACAAAAAUCAACUUGGCGAAAAUGCUCUCCAUUCAGCAACUGAUCAAAGCUCUCCGCAAGUUACAAAACAGCGGCGCUAGCAACGUCUGCGGGGAUUUGGUAAAACAAAAUCUCAAACGUGUUGUUGUCGCUGCUUCAACAACCCAUACUACAACAUCAACGGCGGCGUCGGUAACCCCAAUUCGUCAAACAACCGAAGGUGCAACUGAAUUGGCACCAACAAUUGUGACGUCACUGCUAAUAUUAUGGGACACGAUGAUUUCACCAAGUCAACAACUACAUCCCCACCAAUUUGAGCACGAGCAACAGCUGUUGCAGGCAAUCGAUUCUAGUCAACAACAAAAACAACAACCAUAUCAGAAAGAGCAAAUGCAGCAUUCACAAGUACACGAAGUUAACUUUCACGCUAGUCGAGUACGUAGCGACAGUCUUGAUUCGUCUGUGACUGAAAACGGUAGUGUCACUGUUAUACCUGAGUACCAAAUUCCCGUGAAUUCAUUGAAGUCGGCGAGCGGACAAGCUUCGAAUUAUUCACCAUCAAUAAUAUCUACAACAACAACACGCUCUCAACAGAUACAUAAAUUCUAUCGGCACCAUCUCCAUCAUUUCCACACACAAAGCAAUCAAAGUUUAAAAAAUAAACAAACGCAAUAUAACGCAAUGUCAUCAUUGGCUGCUGAACCUAAAGCACUAAAGCAGGAUGAACAAAAUACAGCCACGACAAAUAGACAACAUCCGACACAGGAUGUAAACAACUCGAAUGGCAGCUGUUGUAAUGGCAGUGAGCAGAAAAACUCAUCCGAUAAGCCGUGUUUCAAUGCGGGAUUCGGACAAAUUUUGAAAUUUAUGGAGUUAAUUGGAAAUUUGAAGCAUACCAAACGUACGGGCUGGGUGCUGCGCAACGUCAGCGACCCCGAAUCCAUCUCGGGUCAUAUGUAUCGGAUGAGCAUGAUGACGUUUCUACUGGAUGGUAGCGAAGGUCUGAAUCAGAUACGUUGUAUGGAGUUGGCGUUAGUGCACGAUCUGGCUGAGAGUGUUGUGGGUGAUCUCACGCCGUUCUGUGGUGUCUCUAGAACGGACAAACGCGCUAUGGAAUUCAAAGCAAUGGAAGAUAUUUGCAAGUUGAUUGAACCACGCGGCAAGCGUAUUAUGGAAUUAUUUGAGGAGUAUGAAAGAGGCGAGAGCGCCGAAUCAAAAUUCGUUAAGGACCUUGACCGACUUGAUAUGAUAAUGCAGGCAUUUGAAUAUGAGAAACGUGAUAAUUGUUUAUUAAAACACCAAGAGUUCUUCGAUUCCACCAAGGGCAAAUUCAAUCAUCCAUUCAUUAAGAAGCUGGUCGAUGAGAUCUACGAACAGCGCCAGAAUUUGGCGCGCGCCGAAGGUGCUACGCCACCGCCGCCAGUACAUGUGCCCGACAUGGAUGCACUGCCCAGCACCAAUGGCCAAAAUAAUGAACAUGACGGGGCGGCGGCAGAAGCGCCAACUGUGGAAUCUCCAAAAAACAAGACUAGCACCACCACGAGUUGAUUGCACUGUGUGUAAAAGUGCAUGCAAAUGUGGAACAAACAAAGAUCGGCCAGCAUAUAAGUUAUAGAAAAUGUCAGCCACGGAGGUGUUUGUCAUGAAUUAAUAAAAAUUAAUUCUGUCCUAAGUUAAAGAAGUAAAAAUCAUUAUAACUUUAAGCGCAUAUAACUAAUAAUUUAGUCUGUGUAGAACAGUUCAUUUUUGCUUUGCACUACAGAAACCAAAUCAAACUUAAUUUUUAGAACAAAUAUGUUUGUU